GGGCAGCAUAUUAUGGGCAUUAGCAGCCAUCACACGGUCAAACAUGCCACGUGCAUGAGUCAUGCACGUUAAGAGCUGCGCGUGAAUCAAACUGCUUGGUCUGUACGGUCAACCUGUACAAACAAUAAGCAUAAAAUUUUCACCAAUUAAUGUACAGCUCUAUUCCUCAUUUCAGUGACAAUCUUUUUACCUUUAUCUUCUUUUCUUGUUUUCUCUUUAUGUCAUAUUAAUUAAUAGUUCAUCAAUACAUACUCCUCACAUCCUCAACAACUGCCUCUUCUUCCUUGUUCCCACUUCUCCCAUCUGCAACUAUCCUCUUCUAAAAAUGUCAUGCAAGGCAAAUAAGAGAGUGAGUUUCUGUCCUGAUGUCCAGGAGAAGCCCAUUUUCUCUUCUAAACAUGGAGGUGGAAUCAGAGUUGCUGCAAACAGGAAGAGGGUUGCCGGAAUCUUCAGCUUUAGGCUCCUCAGAAGCUCCAAAUGUUCACCUGCAAGAAUACUCAGGCGACUCGGUGCUAAGGUAGCUAGAGUUCUACGUCUUGUGUCCAUGAAAAGGAAGUCUUCACGCAAGGUUUCUUCAGCCAGUUUGACAAGAUCAAGAUCUCUUGCAGAUGCAAUAGACUCCCAGAGAGCUGAAGCUAUAGAAGAUUGUAUUGAGUUCUUAAAUUCUUCUUCCUCUUUGCAGAGGUCAAAUUCAGUUUCUACAAAUUCUUGCUAGAAUUUUCAAUCUCAGUUUCUACAAAUUCUUGCUAGAAAAUUCAAUCACAAUCAUAUGUAAAUGAAAGAAAACAACAAAUAUAUGAUUCAUUAAUUGAUCAUAACAAGUUUCUGAUCA